AUGACAAAUCAGAGCAGACGUAGGGAUUGUGUCAAUCCCGCUCCGGAAGCCGGUGGCAAGAACUGCACAGGUCCACUGAUGGAAAGCAGUCAGACACACUGCAAUGUCCCUCCAUGUAGUGGCGACGACGGCGUUGGCGAGUGGAGCCAGUGGAGUGCUGCAGUAUGCACAACCACCUGUGGUGAAGGCCAAAAGGGAAGCGUGGAAAGAAGCAGAAGUUGUGUUACGCCAGCCAAUAACAUCAGCUGUACGGCCGCACUAACAGAAACCCAAAUGGGAAACUGCGGCCUGCCUAAAUGCCCAGUUGAUGGAGGGCUGUCAAACUGGACAUCGUGGUCAAUCGUACCCUGCCCUCUCACAUGUGGAGUAGAUGCCAUGACAAAUCAGAGCAGACGUAGGGAUUGUAACAACCCCGCUCCGGAAGCCGGUGGCAAGAACUGCACAGGUCCACUGAUUGAAAGCAGUCAGACACACUGCAAUGUCCCUCCAUGUAGUGUUGAUGGAGGGCUCUCAAACUGGACAUCGUGGUCAAUCGUACCCUGCCCUCUCACAUGUGGAGUAGAUGCCAUGACAAAUCAGAGCAGACGUAGGGAUUGUAACAACCCCGCUCCGGAAGCCGGUGGCAAGAACUGCACAGGUCCACUGAUUGAAAGCAGUCAGACACACUGCAAUGUCCCUCCAUGUAGUGGCGACGACGGCGUUGGCGAGUGGAGCCAGUGGAGUGCUGCAGUAUGCACAACCACCUGUGGUGAAGGCCAAAAGGGAAGCGUGGAAAGAAGCAGAAGUUGUGUUACGCCAGCCAAUAACAUCAGCUGUACGGCCGCACUAACAGAAACCCAAAUGGGAAACUGCGGCCUGCCUAAAUGCCCAGUUGAUGGAGGGCUGUCAAACUGGACAUCGUGGUCAAUCGUACCCUGCCCUCUCACAUGUGGAGUAGAUGCCAUGACAAAUCAGAGCAGACGUAGGGAUUGUAACAACCCCGCUCCGGAAGCCGGUGGCAAGAACUGCACAGGUCCACUGAUUGAAAGCAGUCAGACACACUGCAAUGUCCCUCCAUGUAGUGGUAUGUGA